AUGUCUCGCGAAUGGCGCUUCCUGCAAAUGCUCAAGCGGAGCGGUAGAGGACACGAGUCUGGAGGAACAGAGAAUAUACCCGCCGGGGCCUGUGCAUUGCUCUGUCCCACCUGUCCGCAGCCGGGGAUCAACCUUCCAAGAGACAACAGUUGGCAGGAUGCCCCACCGAACGAGCGGUACUUGUAUUCGCUCUUCUUGGCUAUUGAUGCGAACUUCAAGAUGAAGAGGAAGCAAGUUUCCUCUGAGGACGCCGAUCCGGGUCUCAAUCAGGGAGCCGCAUUCUUCAGCGAUGUGGCUCCAUAUAUGGCCCAUGUACAAGAGCAUUGGGGACUCGAACAGGAGGUCAGUUUGGACAUCGCUUCCUAUGACGCGUGGUUGACGAUGAUAACAGAAAAGUAUAUAAACAUGGACUAUAUGCUCCUUAAAAGUCUCUCCCCAUCUCCAUACGCAAAUCUCAUCGACAUCAUUAUCUCGUACGAUAUCGCCUGCCAAUGGAGCAAAAAUUUGUGGUUCCGUGUCGCUAAGUACCGACCAGAAUUGCAGGACGCGGCAAAGCUACCAAGCCGCCGCCGCUACGUCUUCCUGAUUCCCAAAUUCCAUCUCCCUGCUCAUAUAGAGCGAUGCAACAUUGACUACUCGUUUGACCUUACACCCAACGUUGGCCGAACAGACGGAGAAGCCCCCGAACGCGGAUGGGCAAACGCUAACCCUCUUGCAUCAAGUACUCGGGAAAUGGGCCCUGGUUCCCGUCGCGAUACCAUCGACGACCAUUUCAACGACUGGAAUCACAAGAAAUCGGCAUGGGCAAAUCAUUACUCGAAAAAAUGA